GCUCUGGCAUAGUAUUUGAAUCAAGCAUUCGAACCGCUAAGCAUCUCAGAGAAGUCUCUGUGGAUUUUAUUCAGAGUGUUAAAUUGAUUAUAUUUAAGUACGAUUAAUAAUUUAAAAAUGUCUCUUCUACCGUAUUUAUUCGGCAACAACUACUACAGACCAAAUCGUCUUCUGGACCAAGAUUUUGGCCUGGCGUUGACACCUGACGACAUGUUGACCGUGGUCGCUGCACCGUUGGUCUCCCAGGACUAUUACAGGCCAUGGCGUCAAUUAGCAAAUGCAGCUCGUGAUGUCGGCUCCAGCAUCAAGGCGGAUAAAGACAAAUUUCAAGUAAAUUUGGACGUUCAACAUUUUGAACCAGACGAAAUUACCGUGAAAACAGCUGAUGGUUUUAUCGUUGUGGAGGGAAAACAUGAGGAGAAAAAGGAUGAGCAUGGCUUCAUUUCUCGUCAGUUUGUCAGAAAAUACGCGCUUCCCAAGGGUUGCAAUCCGGACACAGUUGAAUCUCGGCUUUCGUCGGACGGCGUACUUACCGUCGUAGCACCAAGACAACCCUCCGCUUUGAAGAACGAAAAGACUGUCCCUAUUCAACAAACCGGCCCUGUUCGCAAGGAAAUUAAAGAUUCGAGUGAACAAGAAGAUAAAAACUGAAUUCAUUAUUUUAUAAGUAUUGUAAAAUGUAAUAAGUUUCCCUCCAUCCUGUAUAAUUUAGAGACUGAUUUUAUUUUUAAUUUCUAAUAAUAAACUGUUUACAAUUCUAA